AUGGGUAGUUCUAUCCAUUCUCUUGUCGAAAUCACCUCAAGAAAGAUCAUUAAGCCAUCAUCUCCAACCCCUUAUCACCUUAAAACUCUCAAGCUCUCUCUUUUGGAUCAAAUGUUUCCUCCUACGUUAUAUGGAACCCUCUUGUUUUUCUACACCAACCAUUGGCGUUGUGCCAAUUUUGCUUCCAAAGCUUCUAAGCGCUUGCAAGAGUCUCUAUCCAAAACUUUGGUUCUCUUCUAUCCAUUGGCUGGCCGGCUCAAAGGUCCUGCGUUCAUCGAGUGCAACGAUGAAGGAGCUCAUUUCUUGGAAGCUAGGGUUAACUGCCAGCUUGCAGAUUUUCUUCAACAACCGGAGCCCAAGUUACUCAAUCACUUGAUCCCCGAGACUGAUUCUGAAACAGCUCAAGUAGCCAUGGGGUCUGUUCUUUUGCUUGUUCAAAUCAAUGUUUUUAACUGCGGAGGAAUUGCUAUUGCAGUAUCUCCUUCGCACAAAAUUGCAGAUGUAAAAUCGCUCUACACGUUCGCGCAAACAUGGGCCGCCAUAAAUCGUGAUGAAGAUCAAUAUGAUGAUGGAGUUGGAGGGCGAUUAGCGUUGCCGGAGUUUAAUGGAGGAAAUUUGUUGCCGUCUAGAGACUUACCGGCCAUCCCAAACACCUUGGAAACGCCUAGUGAAAAUUUAACUGCUAGGAGAUUUGUGUUUGAUGUCUCAAAGAUGGCAAGUCUCAAGGCCAAAAUUGAGGGUGUUGUCCAAAAUUUCAUCCCCACAAACGUACAACUAGUUUUGGCAAUCAUCUUAAAAUGUGCUAUUGCUGCUUCUCAUAACACCAAGCCUGGGAGAAUCACGCCAACAGUUCUGUUCCAAAUGGUAAACUUGCGACGGAGAAUGCUCCCGGAGCUGACACAAAAUGCCAUGGGGAAUUGGUUUUGGCCACUUCCAGUCUUGUUCAAUGAGGAUGAGACCCAAUUACACGAGUUGGUGAGCACGAUGAGGAAAGGUUUGACAGACUUUGUCAAUGAGAAGGCAAACAGAUUUAAAGGUGUAGAGGGAUUCUUGGCAGUGUUUGAAUGCAUUAGAGAGAGGGACCAACUUUUAAAGAGCAAGAAGGGCAUCAAUCUUUAUAGGGCCACAAGUCUGUGCAAGCUCCCUCUGUAUGAAAUGGACUUUGGAUGGGGAAAACCUACGUGGGUCACCAGCAAAGGCGGCUAUAAGAACGUAAUUGUGUUGUUGGAUACAAAGUUUGGUGAUGGAAUUGAAGCUUGGGUGACCCUUGAUGAACAAGAAAUGGCCAUAUUUGAGUCUGACGAAGAGCUCCUUGCAUAUUUGCCGAGCAUGGGAGGUAUGAAAAUCAAUGUUGAUGGGGCUUGGCAACCUGGACUUACAGUGGGCGGAGUAGGCGUCGUGGUUCGCAAUUCCGCAGGUGACUUUGUGGUGGGUUGCGCCAUGGCUUUGGACAAUGUUUUCUCUGCGGCUCAUGUUGAAGCUGUUUGA